UACGGCGUGCGUUUGCGCCGAGUGGCGGUUCGAGCUGCAGUCGGGACUGCAGCAGAAUGUGGUCACCAAGUGGACGCUGGUGUGUGACGGCGAGUGGAAGGUUCACAUCGCUAAGUUCUCUCUGCUGGUGGGCUCUAUCUUCGGCUACCUGCUGAUGGGAGCGAUGGCAGACUGGUUGGGCCGGAUCCCCGUGCUGCUGGUGUCUGUGCUGUCUGUGCUGGUGUUCGGUUUGGCCGUGGCCUUCUCUGUGGAUAUGGCCAUGUUCAGCACGCUGCGCUUCUUCGAAGGCUUCUGUCUGGCGGCGAUCAGACUCUCGCUUUACGUCCUGAGGAUCGAGCUGUGUUUGCCCGCGUGGCGUUUCUCCAUGACUAUGAUCGCCAGUCUGAUCAUCGUGAGCGGUCAGCUGCUGAUGCCCGGUCUGGCGGCGCUGUGCCGUGAUUGGCAGAUCCUGCAGAGCGUCAUCAUCGCACCGUUUGUGCUCAUGCUGCCGUACGUCUGGAUGUUUCCGGAGUCUCUGCGCUGGUUGUUGGUCACUCAACAUUACCAAAGAGCCAAGCAACAGAUGUACCGCAUCGCCCAUAGCAACAGCGUCGACACGGCAACCGACGCCAGCAGCAUCCUCUCAGAGCUGGAGACUGAACUGCAGCAGAAGCCGAAGACGUACUGCGUGACGCAGCUGAGCGGCACCAGAAACCUGUGGAAGAACACCGUCGUCCUCUGUGUUAACUCGUUGACGGGUUACGGCAUCCAUCACUGCUUCGCGCGCAGCGUUCUGGAGGGCAGCACGUCUCACCUGCAUUAUUACGCGUUAGCGGCGAUCGCCGUGGCCUCCUGCAUGGUGCUGUUCCCGGUGGUGACUGGCUUCGGCAGGAGAGGAGGACUGCUCACUUUCAUGAUCAUCACGGCUCUGGCGUCGCUGCUGCAGCUGGGUUUGCUCAACCUGAUCGGGAAGUACAGUAUAUGGCACGAUGCAGUUCUGCGGGACACGCUGAACCAGCGCUUCUCGUACGCGUUCUCCAUCAUCGGGAUGUUCUCGUCUCAUGCUGUCAGCACACUCAGCAUCUUCUACUGCGCUGAGAUCACGCCGACAGUCAUCAGGGGUGGCGGUGUGGGUCUGGUCCUGGCAAGCGCGGGUUUCGGCAUGCUAACGGCGCCGCUGAUGGAGCUCCACAAUCAAAAGGGUUUCUUUCUGCAUCACGUGAUCCUCACCUGCUGCACUCUGCUCUGCAUCAUUUGCAUACCGUUGCUCCCGGAGACCGCCGGCCAACCACUGCCCGAGACUAUCGCUGAGGGGGAGGGGCUUCUGCGGCGGCCCAUCCUCCCCGGAGAGCAGCACCACUUACUGGCCAGGACCGAAGUCAGGGAGUAUUCGCGAGUUCAGGACACGCCCCUUCACCAGGUCGUUAACCCCGGCAACGGCUCGGUGCCUAGCAACAGCACAGCCAAUGGCGUGAGGACGUCAUGACGGCAUUUUCUAAGAACGGCCGAACGAAGAGCUUUUUAACGGUGAAACGCGACUGAUGUCGUGGUAAUGUGUCAAACGCCUCAUUAACCAGCAUCGGUGAAGAUUCCUAGCAUUGAACAAACUGAAAAUGUUAUUUUAACUUGCAUUCAGCGAAAGGAGCUCUAUUUUUCGAAUGGCCUCUACCGAACAACAAACUCACGGAGGAGUUUCACUGAUUUGAAUGUGUUUUUUUGUAUGUUUGGUAUUUAUUAAGGACAGAAUGAUGUUGACAGUAAGAACCAGCGGACUUCAUUCGUGCACGGAAGCUUGUUUCCGUCACAGGAUAAAGAAGAUAAAAAAGGUAUUAGCAACUUUUUCAUCUCACAAUUCAUACUUUUUUCUCGCAAUUCUAAGAAAAAAAGUCGCAAUUCUAAGUAAAAACGUUUCAAGAUAUAAACGCAAUAUAUAACCGCAAAAUUUAAACUC